UUUUGCGAAGGUGUCUCGACACCUUUAUUGCAGCUGUCAAGCAAGCAUCUCAGACAGCGGCGAAACGCGUGUUUUAUUUGACUCGCUUCGCGCUAGAAACAACUAGUUUAGAUUUUCUAGUUAAAGUCAAUGCGUAUUUCUUAAUCCAAGCUUUAAAACUGAUCGCUCACAACAUAUUCAACAAGUUUUGUCCCUGAAAGCUUCAAAUUUACUUCAAAAAUACCAAAAUGGAUCGCGCCGACUACGUUCAACUUUACUCCGUGCCGGCAACAUACCAGCCGCCGGAAGAUAAGGACCUUCGCGAUGACACUCGCUAUCCUAAUUUGAAUUCGCGAGAUUACCGCAAAAGACGACCGGACAGAACCCUAAAACAUAAUCAGUUUUUCGAAACUCUCGACGUUAAUGAGGAAGGACUCGCCGUUUUGGCGACAAACGACAUCAGAGGCAGAAUUUGGAAUGGAAACAUUUGGGGGUACGAGAAUUUGGCGGAUUUCAGCGAAAAAUCAGCAAGUUUUAAACUGUAUUGUGAUUCGCCGGUUACUAAGCUCAAGUUCCUGCAGGAGAAGAUUUUUCUUGCAAGUCAGUCAAAUGGAGCCUUGAAGGUGUGGUCUACGCGGUCUGAAGCCAGAGACGCCAACAAUUACUGCCUGUUCAUGGUUGGUGGAGCAACUGAGCAUCUGGGAUUGAUCCUGGACAUGGACAUCUUGUUUCCGGCUAAGACAAAGGCUGCGACUGGGUCAACUGAUUGCUGUCUAAAGGUCUGGGAUGCCGGUGCAGCUGAUUUGCAAUGUAUUUCCACGAUGCGCUUUGCCCAUUCCGAUGAUAUAACAGGAGUUAGCUCGUGUCCAUCCAUGGAUGAAAUAUUUGCUACUUGUUCUAGAGACAAAAGCGCUCUUAUUUGGGACUACAGACUACCACGUCCGGCAAAAGCUCUCUACAACAAACAUAAGUUUGCCUUCUCAACAAUCAGUUGGUGCAAUGAAAACGAACACGAUGGACAUGUUCUACUCGGCGAUGACACUGGAAGUAUUUACGAAAUUGAUCCCAAAGUACCUGAUAAAUUUGUAACACAGUUGAAAGUGUUCAACAGACCAAUUAGAAAAAUCUCAUGCAGAAGCUCGAAAACUGCAGUCAUUGGAAAUACAAAUGCUGUCCUUGUGUAUAAAAAUUUAGAGGACUCACCGAUAUAUAAUAACGAAGAAGCACACAAUUUUGUCCGUGAUGUCUAUUGGGAUAGUGAUAACUCAUUUUACACUGUGGCUUGGGAUAAGAAGUUGAGGCACCAUUGUAUGGAUUCAUCAAACUAAUAAGUCGAUUGCAGCUUUUAGACAAUUAUAUGUUACUUUGGAAUAUGCAAACGUAAAAUUGUAAAUGCUUCAAUUUUCUUUAUUAUUUUUAGGAUAUUUUCAAAUAUAUUUAAAGUUACGCCAGAAA